UUUAGUUAUGAUGGCCACAGCACUAGCAGAGGUCGCUACGAUCGUAAUAUUAUUCGGAUGGGUGACCGGUACCAUCCAGCCAUCAGAGUGCGAUGUCACGGCCAAGACCGAGUCGGGCUACGUCUGCGGAAGGAGGAGACUAGCAGCUAAUGGGGACUACUACGCCAGUUUCAGAGGCAUCCCUUAUGCUAAGCAACCUUUGGGGAAGCUGCGAUUUCAGGAACUUCAGCCACCCGAGCCAUUCCAUGGAAUUUUCGACGCCCGGGAGGCGGGCCCAAUAUGUCCUCAAGUGGACGUCAUCUACGGCCCCCUCCUCCAACCAAGGUCCAUGGGGGAAGACUGCAUCAGGAUCAAUAUCCAUGUCCCGAUCCAGGCCUUGCCCGAUGGUAGCCAGAAGCCCCUCCUCCCCAUUCUGGCGUGGGUCCAUGGGGGAUCGUUCUCCUAUGGGUCGGGAGACGCAGAUCUUCAAGGCCCGGAGUAUUUGAUGACUAAAGGCAUUAUAUUAGUGACUUUUAAUUACAGACUAAACGCCCUCGGCUACCUCUCCCUAAACUCCAAGAGUAUUCCGGGCAACAACGGGCUGAGGGAUGCCAGAACAGCCUUGGUAUGGCUUCAGAGGAACGCCAGGUUCUUUGGAGGCGACCCUGAAAACGUUACUAUUGGGGGGCAGAGCGCUGGGGGGGUGAUGGCCCAUAUUCUGUCCAUAUCACCGGCUUGUAAAGGACUUUAUAACAAAGUGAUGGCGCUAAGUGGCACCGCCAUAGCCAACUUCGUAGCAGUAUCCCCUCUCUACUCAGCACUCAUGGCCAAAAUCUUCCUGCUCUAUAUGGGCCUUAACAUCUUGGAGGAUCCAGAAAUCAUACACCAGCAACUCAUAUCGGCACCAAUGAGCAGAAUAUUAGAUGCCAACCAAUUUUUGUUGGACCAAUUUGGAUUAGUUUCGUUCUGUCCAGUCAUAGAAACUCCUACAGAAAACUUCACGGCAAUUCUGCUUAAAGACCCCGAGUAUCUGCUAGAUGAAGGCAGGGGCAAAAACAGUCCUCUUUUAUUAGGGUAUACAAACAACGAGUCACAAACUUACAAGGCAAGGCUAAGAAGCGUUAACUUGGAGGCAAAGACUAAGCUGCUGCCUCCACUGAUCGUGCCAACCAAUCUGCUGUUCUCGUCAAAUCCUCUAACCGUUCCAAUACUAACAUUGAAUAUCCUAAACGAAUACUUCAACAACUCUAUAAUAACUUUAGAUACGUUUGCGGAUGUUGUCACUGAUUCAUUUUACAAAUACCCAGUGUACAGAAUAGUAGAGAAGAGAAUUAAAACUCGGGCGGCCCCGACAUACUAUUACGACUUCUCGUACCAUGGAAUAAGGAGUAUUGUUAAAGAGGUUAUGAGGGAGGACUUCCCCGGAGCAGGGCAUUUGGAGGAUAUCACGUACUUCUUCAGGGUAAAUUCAUUCCAAGGGCCGAUGGUGGUCAAUGAACUAAGGCAGGACGACCUUGACUCGAUGAUGAGGGAAUUUAUGACAAGAUUGAUCAGCGAUUUCGUGAUCACUGGAGACCCAACACCGCUGGAAGAAGACUACGGGCUGCCAAAAUGGCCGGAGGCUGGCAAACGGCUGCGGCACGAGAGCAUCGAACUGCCGAUGCUGUACAACGCCAAGACACCAUCGCCUUACCUGAAAGCGAAGAAGCGGUUUUACGAUAUACAAUAUAGACUUGGUCGAGGGUUAUGAGAGUGCAACAUCUAUAGCA